UUCCGGCCCAUCGUUGCAUUCUGGCGUCAAGUUGUCCCUUCUUUCAUGAGAAACUUUCCUCUGGAAAUCAGCAUCCUUCCACCUCGUCCACUUCCACUCCCGAUAUGGAAGCCUCACCAACCCUCCGUCUUACAACUGUUGACUCCAAAACGCUCAAAUGCCUUAUUGAUUUUGCCUACACUGGCCAAUUCGAGAAGAGUCUCGACACAGUGACAAACUUGUUGCAAGUUGCGACAAAGUUUAAAAUGGUUCCGGUUAUGCAGCAGUGUUGUGCUUACCUCAUUGAAAAGAUGACUCCAGACAAUACCCUGCGUCUCUACCGUUUAGGACGGCCCUACUUUUGUCCCAAACUCGAAACUAAAGCCAAGACUUACAUCUUGCACAACUUUCGACGCGUGAUUGGGACUCAAGACUUCCUCGAGUUGGAGCCCGAAGAGUUGAAAGUCAUUCUACUCGACGACUACCUCAACGUCCGCAAUGAAGCCAUGGUGUUUGAAGCGAUUAGAGCGUGGGUGGAGGCAUAUCCGCACCGGAGGAGGAAAUAUGUUGCAGAAAUGUUGUCCUGUGUACGGUUUGGACUCAUGAGCUACGGCUAUUUCAGCAACGUCGUGUACCAGUGGCACUUUGUGAAUGAGGAUGAAGCCGUGCGGAGCGUGUUGGAUGCUCCCUACGUACUUUUGACUUCCAUUGACUCGCUUAAUAACACCGAGGUGGAUCUUAAUGAUCCCUUGGCCAGGCCCAGGAUUCCGUACGAGGUUAUUUUCGCCGUGGGUGGAUGGAGUGCUGGGAGUCCUACGGCUUUCAUUGAGACAUACGACAUCAGGGCUGAUCGAUGGUUCCUCUUAAACAACACGGAUUCCACGCCUCGAGCAUACCACGGUCUCGUGGCGGUGGGUCACUUCGUCUACAUGAUUGGGGGGUUUGAUGGCCAAGAACAUUUCAGCACGGUGAAGAGAUACGACCCUGUCCGGCAGAUUUGGGAGGAGCGAUCCUGCAUGCUGUUGCCGCGCUGUUACGUGAGCUGUUGUUCCUUGGACGGAAUAAUUUACGCCUGCGGUGGAUACAAUGGUCGAACCAGGAUGGCCUCGGGUGAACGGUACGAUCCAGCCUUGAACCAGUGGGAAAUGAUCAGCUCGAUGAACCGACAACGUAGCGACGCAUCGGCGGCGUCUCUCCGCGGAAAAGUAUACAUUGCUGGCGGAUUCACAGGAACGGAGGUUCUCAUCAGUGUGGAAACUUACGACCCGGCGGAAGAUCAAUGGACAUUUAUCCAACCGAUGAACACGCCUCGGAGUGGAAUCUCACUCGUGGCUUACAGAGACUGUCUCUACGCUGUGGGAGGCUUCAACGGUUUCAACAGGCUCAACACGGCGGAAAGAUACGACCCUGAGGAACCCGGUCCUUGGAGAAUGAUCCCAGAUAUGUCGAGUGCCCGGAGCAAUUUCGCCGCUGUGUGUGCCGACGAGUUACUAAUUUGUAUCGGGGGAUUUAACGGGGCGACCACGAUCCCAUACGUGGAGUGUUAUGACAGUAAAGUGAAUGAGUGGUUUGACGGGUCGCACAUGAACUUAAACCGGAGCGCGCUGAGUGCUUGUGUUGUUACGAACUUGCCAAAUGCUCGAGACUAUUCUUAUCUUCACCGGAUUCAAGAAUUGUUGGGAUUGCCGAAUAGAGAAAAUAGUCCCUAGGUAACAGUGGCCAUCGACACCUUUUUUUAUAUAUAACCGACUGACGACAUUACCCUCCUCCUCACGUGACGUGGAUCUCUGGACAAAAAAAAUCUCUCAAAUAUAUCUCUACGUAAGACACGUGUAGCUAAAC